AUGGCUUCGGUUUUCUUGUAUCACGUGGUGGGAGAUCUAACGGUGGGGAAGCCAGAGAUGGUGGAGUUUUACGAGACGGAGACUGUGGAAUCUGCGAUUCGAGCUAUCGGAGAGUCGACGGAGUGUGGGAUUCCGGUUUGGAGGAAGAGAUCGACGCCGUCGAUUCCUGGGUUCGUGGAGAAUAGCGAGAUGAGGCAACAUAGGUUCGUGGGGAUUUUGAAUUCUCUUGAUAUCGUUGCUUUCUUGGCUAAGAGUGAGUGUUUGCAAGAGGAAAAAGCUAUGAAGAUCCCUGUCUCUGAGGUUGUUUGUCCUAACAAUACUCUCCUCAAACAAGUUGAUCCUGGCACAAGGUUAGAUCAUAAACCUCGCAACUUUGAGUUUCUGUCUCUCGAAUAA